CGCCGCCCCCUAGCUCGGACCGUGUCCCCUCCCCGUCCCGCACCCUUCCCCAGCCGCCCCCGACGCUGCCCCCGCGGCCAUGGAGGCGCUCAGAGCCCGGGUGGAGAGCACGCUGGACGGCAUGACCCCGCCCGAGCUGAAGGAGUUCAAGUUCUACCUGAGGAACUCGGGGGAGGAGCCUAGGAUCACGAUGCACGACCUGGAUAGGGCCCCCACGACCUCGGCGCUGGCCGAUGUGCUGCUCAAGCGCUACGCCGUGUCCGGGACCCCCAGGGUCCUGGUCCGGGUGUUCCAGAGCAUGCGCCGGAACGACCUGGUAGCCGAGUGGGAAACCGCUUCAAGGAUGAAUUUGAAGAGACGGUAUGAAAAUGAUGGCCCUGACUUGGAACGCUAUAACAUGGAACAAACUCGUAAGGCUUUUGUGAUGUGUGUGAAAACAGGCAGACCAGGGGCCGAGCAGGAUCUAAAUAUGAUAACAAAUUGGCUUGAAGAGUGCAAGUUUGAAUGUACUUCAUGCAUGAAUCCUGAUGAAAAGGAGUUAAUGGAGAAAUUAAGAGAGUUUCGAGAUGGAAUAAAUGGAAUAAAAGAUGAUGUUAGCUGCUGCCUUGUUACUCUCAUGGCCCAUGGAGGAAAAGGUGUUAUCAAAACAGUAUUGGAUGAAAGAGUCAACUUAUCAGACAUUUUUGGAAUGUUCAACAAUGAAAACUGUCCAGCCCUUCAAAAGAAACCAAAAAUCUUUGUAAUCCAGGCUUGUAGAGGAGAUCGUAGAGAUGGUGGUGUUGUUCAAGCCGAUGAUGAACCGAUGGAACUGGAUGAUUCAGAGAAAAAGCGACUUCCCACAUUCAGUGAUUACUAUAUCAUCUAUCCCACCCAAGAAGCAGAUCACGUUGCUUUACGCCACCCAAAAGAUGGUUCUGUGAUGAUUCAAGCAAUAGAUGAAGUCUUUAGUCAACAUGGCAAGAAGUUGCAUAUUGCGGAUUUUUUUACUCAAGUAAACAACAGAGUGGUGCACACAGACUUUUACAUGAAUAAGAAUCCUAUAAAGGUAGUACUGGUUAUGGAGUCCACUCUCACCAAAGCGGUAUACUUUUGACACUUGGUGGAAAAAGUCGAGGAGGUGGAGGAUUUUCAAUAUAGAAUAACUUGUUUAUGCGUUAACAUUGUGUUUCACACCGUAAAAAACUCUGGCUCUUGCAUAUAUUGGUUGGAAUCUGGUGUGGAGAUUUCUAGGACUAGAAAUCCUAGAAGGCAGAAGUGAAUGAGAACAGAUGUGAACUACAGACAGAGGUCUCCCUACGGGAGUUCUUUCUGUCAAAAGAUGAAUUUAUCUAAUUAUUUUUAAAUUUAUUUUCAUGUUUCUAGGAUUUUUUAAAAAAAUGGUUUAUUUACUACUUGAACUUUUAAUUCCCUUUUAUUAAAAAAAAGUUAAAUCUUU